AUUACCUACCUAUUAUUAUUUAUCUCACAAAGAACUUAUUUCUUCAGAAGUGUAGACAGUUUAAAAUAGUUUAACAUUAUUUAUUUGCUAAUAUAAUAAUGUUAUUUACUAAUUAUUUUUUGUUUUUAUCGACUAUCUAGCAAAUGAACCUCAAUAAUGUGAUAUUGUUUGUUGGUUUUGAGUGUGAAUUUUUGACUAUAUAAGAAGAUAAAAUAAGAAAGUGAUACAAAUACCUGUGACUUCCAUAAAAUUUUGACUAUUGUUUUUCAAGAAUAUGGAGGAUCCUGGUUUAAGUACUAGUGUGUCCACUCACAUAGCACCAACAUCAUGGUGCCACCCUGCACACAAAGUACAUCGGUUUAUUGCAUUGUUAUUGAUGUGUUUUCUUUGUUUUGGUUCCUAUUUCUGUUAUGACACACCCGGAGCUCUGGUAGAUAAUUUCAAGGAUGACUCACAUUUAAACACAUCUCAGUUUGCAUUGUUGUACUCUAUUUACUCAUGGCCUAAUGUAAUAUUAUGUUUCAUUGGUGGUUAUCUAAUUGAUAGAUAUUUCGGUGUUCGAUUAGGCACUAUAAUAUAUAUGACAAUAGUUCUAAUUGGAGCUGUAAUAUUUGCCUUUGGAGUAUAUGUCAAUGCAUUUUGGGUAAUGAUUCUGGGCAGAUUUAUUUUUGGAAUUGGAGGAGAAUCACUACAAGUAGCCGUGAACAACUAUGUUGUUCUUUGGUUUAAAGGAAAGGAACUGAACAUGGUUUUUGGACUACAAUUGUCCUUUUCUAGAUUUGGAAGCACAGUCAAUUUUUGGGUUAUGGAACCUAUUUAUAGAUGGGUUGCUAAUUACUAUGGGGGUUACGAAAGGCUAGGCAUUGCAUUAUUUAUUGCCGCUCUUACUUGUCUUAUAUCUUUGGUUUGCGGUUUAAUUCUGGGAUGGAUGGACUAUAGAGCUGAAAAGAUUCUUGGGAGACAAGAUGAACAAGCCAAUGAAGAACCAUUUCAUCUUAAGGAUAUUUUAAAUUUCAAAUCUGUGUUUUGGCUUGUUUCUGUGAUCUGUGUUGCAUAUUACUUGGCUAUAUUUCCAUUUAUUGCUUUGGGAAAAUUAUUUUUUGAACGAAAAUUUGACUUCUUGCCUCAAGAUGCUAACACUGCAAAUUCAAUGGUUUAUUUGUUAUCAGCAGCGUUAAGUCCUUUCUUUGGUAUUUUAAUUGACAAGACUGGAAGAAAUGUUAUGUGGGUUAUUAUAAGUAUUCUGACUACUAUUGGUGCACACUUUAUGCUCGCUUUCACAUUUUGUAACCCAUAUAUAGGAGUGAUCUCAUUAGGAAUAUCAUAUUCAUUAUUAGCAAGUGGUUUGUGGCCACUGGUGGCCUUAAUCGUAGCACAAAAUCAAUUGGGAACAGCUUAUGGAAUUUGCCAAGCUGUUCAAAACUUGGGUCUGGCUACUGUUAUAAUAUUAGCAGGCAUUAUCGUUGACAAAUAUGGUUAUUUAAUGUUGGAAAUGUUCUUUUUGGGUUGUCUUUUUGUUUCUUUGAUUGCUGCUGUCCUUAUAUACAUCAUUGACUCCACUGGUAGUGGUAUAUUAAAUAUGUCGCCAAGCAUGAGAGAUUCCAUUAAAGAGACUAAUGAUUCUGACGAAAUUGCAAAUUUAUUGGAAAAUGAAGUGGAAACGAACAGGGAAGAAACAGAUUCAACAAGACAAACAGAUGCAUUGGAAUCUCCUUCUCCUGUCAUGCAACGUAAUAUUGCACAAGCCCAUUCUGAUAGAAUACGCAGUAGAUAUUUAUCACAAAUAUUGCCAAACACCAACAUUCCAGACAGACAAUAGGAUAAUGGGUUGGUUCUGAAAUAUCAUUCUCUAUUCCGAAAAUGGGGAAAUUCAGUUUGAUAUUAUUGCAAAAUUGUUAUUUCAAAGACCAGUAAUAACUAAAUUUAUAAACGGAUUUUAUUCUCAACUAUUUUAUUGAUAAGGGGCCAUUCAAGUAUAAGCAGAUUUAUUACAAUUAUUAACCCCCUCCCCACCCAUCCCCCUUGUCAGCAAAAGUAAGCAAAGCUCUUACCCCCUCCCUCUUAUGCUUACGUAAACAUUUUUUAAAUAAUGAAUUAUUUUUUUAUGUUAUAAUUAUAAUUUUAAAAAUAAGAAAAUGGAUUUAUGGUAGAGAUUAGAUUUUACUGAUACGGUAUUCAACAUAGAGUAAGGAACAAAAAUAUUAUAAUCUUACAAACAUAACAAACUAUUUUUAAAUGUUUGGUACACAUUUUAAAUUCAAAUUAACAAUUUUCAGUCCAUGAAACCCGAAUCCAUGAUUCUAAGUUUUAAGUUCUAAGUUUUAAGUACAUUGGAUUGCUGCUUAGUGUUGUGAGUCUGCUCACUUUCAUUCUAAUUUGGAAUUUCUAAAUCGUUCUCAUCGAGUCAUUCAAUAUCAUGGUGCUCUAAAUUUUGAAUAAUGCACAUCAGUUCAAUAGCACGAUGAGCAGCGACUCUUACAGAUCUAACUUUCCUAUCAGUGUGCGUGUUUACUUUUUUAUGGAUACGUCUACUCGCUAUAGUAUCCAAACGAAACAAUACAUAGACAGAGAAAAUUUAAACAAGUGAAUAGCGCGCGAUAAUUCCCCUACUCGGUUCUAAAGCGAGUGCCUAAACGUAUGCAUUAUUUGCGGGAAUCCUCGACAAUGCGUUUCGUUUUUAAGCAAAGACAAUGUGAGGAUUGACAUUCGUGUAAAAAAGUAAAUAACUACCGAUGACGUAAUCAUCAUCUAGACUCCCCUACCUCUCAUGUCAUCCAAAAUAAGCAAAGCAAAGACCCCUCGCCCUCCAUAGUGCUUACGUAAUACUUGAACGGCCCCUAAUACAUAUUACUUUCACUAAACCAGUGUUUUUCAAAGUGUGGGUUGCGAUCCCUAGGAGAGUCCCCAAGCCUCUACAAGGAAGGCAGCGGAAGGUCGCGAAGCAGUGAAAAAUCAACAGUUCCGUCAAUACAUCAAUCAAUGAAUCAUAUCAUCAUGAUAGAAUCAUAAUGAAGUAUCUAUAACAGACAUCGAUUACAUGUCUGUUUUAGAUACUUUAUUAUUAUUUAUUUUAUCGAAACCUAACUGUGAAUAUAAAUACAACUGUAUGGAUUUCAUAAUUGUACUAUAAUAAAAUUCAUACACAUUCGAAACCGUGGAGGGUAGGGGGUCGCAAGAUAUUUUUACAUACUAAAGGGGUUGCAAGAUAUUUUUAUGUACUAAGGGGGUUGCAAGAUAUUUUUACAUACUAAGGGGGUCGCAAGAUAUUUUUACAUACUAAGGGGGUCGCAAGAUAUUUUUACAUAAUAAGGGAGUCGCAUCAUGAAAAAGAUUGAAAACUGCACUAAAUUAUCAAAAAUUUAACUAUAAAAAAAAAUUUAGUGAUUUAUGAAAUGAUAUUUCAAAAUUUAUCCCAAUGUACUUAUUUAUGAACAAUAUUUAUGUAAAUAAAUAUUAUAAUUAGUGAAGUAUAUAUAACUUGUAAAUUAUUAGAAUCAAAUUAUUCAGAAUAAAAUAAAUGAAGUAUAACACAUUUUAGAGUUGA